UGUGUUGUGAGAGACGCAAGACAUUUCGGUUUAGGAAAAAAUGUUAUGCUGUCGAUGUGUGAGUGAUUUUAUGUUGAAUUUAGCAUACAUGUUGAAGGCAUAAGUUGGGAAAAUAACGUUACUUGAAGAGACGUGAUUUAAUUUUUGUGUUUGGUCCAUUCAGUGCUUGUAUAUCGAUGAUGUUAAGAAGGAGGGACGAAACGGCUUUUUUCUUUGUGUUUCAUUUUUAAUUAUUUUCUGACAAAUAAGAAUAACAAUCAAAAUAACCGAGAAUAACAAAAUUCAAGUUUGAAUGCUUUAUGGAUGUACAUUACGUAUUCGUUGUUCGUUCGGCUUGUAACGGCUCCUAUAUUUUCAUGGAACUGAGUGAUUUUUGUGAUUAAGGAAAAGCUAUUGCUUCGGUGAAUCAGUGUUUUUUGUAACGUCCGACUAACAGUGGAAUAAGGACACACGACACUGUUGAAUAGACACCGAAGGAAAAAAGAAUUGAUUCUGCAAUAAAGUGUUUUUCUGUGUUUCCAGUCAAAACUUGAUUGUUUGUCCAUAUUGGAUGCGAAUAUUGCGUGUCUAUGAAGUGGAAAAUAUUUUGUUAUAUCAUUUGAGGUGUGUAAAGCACACCAUUUCAACAGUGAGAAACAUUAUUGUAGGCGGUUAUUACCUUGGAACGGCAUAUUAGAUUGAACAACUCGAUGUUUGUAAUAUACAUACACACAGUGACGGCUGAAGGCUGUUGAUGGAUUUUAGUCUUGGCACAUUUUUUUUGCUUUCUUGCAGUCAAACACUGUAAGCUAAAUGACUGAGUGUCGAUUUAAGAAAAAAAAAAUAUUUGCACCACAUUAAACGAAAAAUGGCAAUGAUUUAAGUGAACAAAAAAUAAUAGUUUGUGAUCCUGUGCCUGCUCCAGUGUUAAAUGUUAGGAACUUUUAUUUCAUCGUCCAACAAACUUUUAUAAGAGUUUAAUAAUUUAUUAAAGUUUAAGUAAGUUAAGUGAGUGGAAGAAAUGUGCAGCAAUGAAAUUCCAGUUGUUUCUCGAUCCGCACUUCAAUACAACAGCACAUCACCAAUAACCAUACAAUCGACCAACAUUUGUGGAAAUAAUUUUACCAAAAAUCAACCACCCCAGCCACAAUUAUCGCAACCACAUCCAUCUCCAACAUCCGUGAAUCAGUCACAUUCGCCACCAAUUCAACAGCAAUCACAAUCAAGUAACUCAUCAGGAAUGUCAAUGCUAGCAGCUGUACCGCCUGGAUUACUUCCACUCGAUCAUUAUCGCCUUCAACUCUAUAAUUACGCAAUGGCAGAACGGCUACGAUGUUCUCAAUAUUCAGGACCUUUACCAAUUUGCCCAACAUAUCCCACAAUGACGCCAUACGGGCCAAGAUUAGCUUUGUCGAUGUCACUAUUCCACAAUCGUGUAUUCCAACCGGAAGAACCAAAGCCGCAACACAGCUAUAUUGGACUCAUUGCGAUGGCUAUAUUGUCGUCGCCCGAUGUAAAGCUCGUCUUGUCCGAUAUCUACCAACACAUUCUCGAUAAUUAUCCAUAUUUUCGUACGAGAGGUCCUGGUUGGAGGAAUAGCAUACGCCAUAAUUUGUCACUCAACGACUGUUUCAUCAAGUCGGGACGAAGUGCUAACGGAAAAGGUCACUUUUGGGCCAUCCAUCCAGCAAAUAUUGACGACUUCAAGAAAGGAGAUUUUCGACGACGCAAGGCUCAACGAAAAGUUCGCAAACAUAUGGGCCUUGCCGUCGAUGACGAAGGAACCGAUUCUCCAAGUCCUCCACCGUUAAUAAUGACCCCACCACCUCCAAAUGCAUUACAAACUUUAUGUCCGUCGGCGUGGAGUGCAGCAACAGUAGCAGGACUACCGCCUCACGCUACAAUUUAUGCAACACAAUCUAGAAAACGACAAUUCGAUGUGGCAUCACUGUUGGCGCCAGACGAAGAUAAUAAUUUGUUGAAGGCAAAACGUCUAUCGAUGUCCGGACGCGUCAGUGAUAUUGACGAAGAUAUAGAUGUUGUAGCCAGUGACCAAGAAGAUUGUAAGGAUGACGGUGGCUCUCCGAUAGGACUAUUAGAUCGAGCAGAUAGCCCGAAUAAUCGUUAUGCUAGUGGCAAUGUUGAUGAUGACAGUCAUAUUCAUCCGAAUUCAGCCGGAUGGCAUGGAUUGAUGCAACAGUGGCCAGGUGGAUUAAAUGUAGGAAUGGAUCCGAGAAUAUUGGGACGUUAUUACGGCCAAUAUAUGGCAGCUGCUCAAAAUGCUUCGCGUCGACUAAAUUUAGCUUCUUCAAGUGAUUUAAGUGAAAUACCGCCGACGUUACAAUCAAAUGAUUGCUAAGGAAAUCGAUUUUUUUGGUUCUGGUGAAAUUGAUAAAAAAUAGAAAUUUAAAAUUUCGAUGCUUAAAGUCGAACUUAAGUUUUUUUUUUUCAUUAUAAGUGUUACGCGUACACAAAGACUAAAUUGACUUUGUCAUUGAUGGACAAUAUACAUAAAUGUUCUUUAAGAUAAUGGUUCUAGGUUAUUAACACAAUUUGUUUCUAAAUUUGACGAAAAGUAAAGAUUUAAUAAAUUUGUGAUUUGUAGAUACC